GAACACUUGUACAUAAAAUAAAAUGCAAAGUCUGAGAUGUGAUAUACUUCAUGCCUUCUCCCUGUCUAUGUGUAUGCAGAAGAACAUAUAUGAAUGGGUGAGGGACCAUUGCCUCCACCACAAAUAUGUAUGCACAGACGCAGACCCUCACAAUGCCUCACAGGGAUUUUUCUUCUCCCACAUUGGUUGGCUCCUGGUCCAAGAACAUCCUGACUGCACUGAAAAGAAACAGAAACUCAGCCUGUCUGACCUGACGACAGAUAAAGUGGUUAUGUUCCAGAAACGACAUUUCGUGGUGUCUAUGCUGGUCCUCUGGUUCCUCUUGCCGAUGCUGGUUCCCUGGUACUUCUGGGGUGAAUCCUUGGUUGUGGGGUGCUUUGUCCCUGGGCUCCUCAGACAUGUUGCAGUCCUAAAUGCCACCUGGCUUGUAAACAGUGUUGCACACAUGUGGGGCAACAGACCUUAUGACAAGAACAUCAACCCAAGGGAAAACAAGUUUGUUUCUUUCAGUGCCAUAGGAGAAGGCUUCCGUAACUACCACCAUACGUUCCCCUACGACUAUGCUGCAAGUGAGUUUGGCAGCAGGCUCAACCUCACCACUGCCUUUAUAAACCUCAUGUGCGCGUUGGGUUUGGCCAAAGACCCAAAGACGGUUUCCAAAGAAACAAUCGUUGCUCGCAUGCGGCGAACGGGUGACGGCAACAACGAGUCAAACAGCUGCAAGUGACACAACGUUGUAUUAAGAUGGUGUCAUUUUACUCAUCGGGUGGUCUUCUCAAGACUGAUUUUUAUCUAGUGUAACAGUGUAUUUUUCUUCUUUCCUUUUAAAAACAUAAAAAAGACUUUUAGACCCUCGAGAGCAGAGUCAGUUGGACACCAUGUUUGUUGUAUGGAUGCACGGGAUUAUCAGCUUCAUGAUUUCUACUGCUGACAUUUGACUUAUUGAUUUCCAUCAGUCCACUGAAGAUUAAAGACAACAUCACCAUUUGCACAUAAGGAUGCUACAAAAAUCAAGAGACCUUCUUCUUCUUUCCUCCAGCUGCAAACAACCAAAUCAGUAGUUUGUCUCUUUUUAAGAAUGACUUGCUACACUGAUAAAGGCACUUUGUUCUUGAUUUUCAGACUUUUUUUAUUGUUGUUUUUUGUAUGUAUGAACCUUGAGCACGCACCAAAUUCUUUGCACACCAGAAUGGACUUCUUGUUUUUUUUUUAAAUUUUGGAGCACUGUAAAACUAUUCACAUUCCGAAUAAAAAUAAAUAAAUAAUGUAAAUUUAAAAAAAUGAAAUAAAAGGAAGA